AUGCCAGGUCUGGACUAUGUCAGCCAUGAAGACAUCCUCCCCUAUACCUCUACUGAUCAGGUUCCCAUCCAACAUGAGCUCUUUGAAAGAUUUCUUCUGUAUGACCAGACAAAAGUACCCCCUUUUGUGGCUCGAGAGACGCUACGGGCCUGGCAAGAGAAGAAUCACCCCUGGCUGGAGCUCUCUGAUGUGCACCGGGAAACAACUGAGAAUAUCCGUGUGACCGUCAUCCCCUUCUAUAUGGGCAUGAGGGAAGCCCAGAAUUCCCAUGUCUACUGGUGGCGCUACUGUAUCCGCUUGGAGAACCUUGACAGUGACGUGGUACAGCUCCGGGAGCGGCACUGGAGGAUAUUCAGUCUCUCUGGCACCCUAGAGACCGUGCGAGGCCGAGGGGUGGUGGGCAGGGUGAGCGUCACUGCGCCAGUUUCUGGCCCAACCCAGCAGGCCUGGGGGCUUAGUGCAUGUAAGGUUACAGACAGAAGCUCGCUGUGUCAACAUAUUGGGUGGUUUGGGGUUAGAAAUCUUAGAACAAUCCU